AUGAAUAAACCUGCUGCGCUCAGCCUCCUGUCUGUGUCUCCUGCCCGUGCCGGCUCCCUGUGGGCUCAGAGCGUUGCCCCCACGGUAUGGGUCAGUGGGUUGUCAUGGAGUGUGGGGGGACACAAGGCCCUGCACCCCCGGCUUCCUGCGAUUCACCAGGACUCUCAGCCAGCCAGUAACGCAGAAGGUUUAUUUCGAUGCCAGGAGCACAGUCCCAGACAGGUCUUGCAGGUUCAGACAACAGGAUUCCCCCCAAUUAGGUCCAUCUUGGGGUCCCAGGGGCACCACAGCCCCAUUGGGGGGGUCAGAGCCUCAUCUGGGCUCCCUUCCAUUCCCCAACCACUCCUGAAAAACCCCCUUUCUCCCCCCAGCUUCUCCUCCCCCAGCCUUUGUUCAGCUUCCCUGGGCAGAGGUGUCACCUGGCCUCUAUCCCCUUCCUGGGUUCUCACGUUACCUGCGCAGGUCCCCUCCCUCCAGCCAGUCUCCCAUCCCCCAAUGCAGACCGUCCUCCCAGGCCAACACCUCCCCCCCCCAGUAUUCACAGCCCACAUUAAGAAUGGUCCCAGUUCGUUAUGUGGGUCCAUGGCAGUCCGGCCUGAGGAGGGCAGAGGACUCUGGGAGAUGGGAUGUGCAGGGAAUCUGACCCCUCCCUGGGACCACUGGCCACAGCUAGAGCCCUGCCAGUGCUUCUCGGUCUCUGGCAGCCUCUGCCCCUGGCACCAUGUCUCCCAUCCGCACUCUCCCUGGGUGAGCGCCUGGCCCAGGGUCCCAGUGCCCUGGAAAAGGGGGGAAGCCUCCCUAGGGGACCCCCCCCUUGCACAACAGGUUCAGUCUGGUUGGAGGCCAGGCCCCCCCGGGGGCGGGAGCGAGCAGAUCUGCUCAGGCAGCAGAAUGCCCAGGCCUGGCGCAGGCGGCAGCCCCUCCCCCACCCUGCCCGGGGCCAUAGUCACGCAGCCCUUUGAGCUGCAAAGAAUCCAGCAGUUUCUAGCCUUUGCACAAGGGACUGGACUGGGUCAGGCAGCAGCAAGGCCCAGUCCUGGCUCAUCCCCGCACGAUGCAUCUCCUGGGCAGACGCCUGGCCUGGCAGCCCAGGGCCCUGACCCGCUACCCCCUGCGACGGGUGGUGCGGGGCAUGGUGCUGCCGGGGCCCCUCCCCAAGGGCCCUGUGGGGCUGAAUCUCAGCUACUGGCUGCUGGACGUCCUGCGGGAGUGCGCUUACGUCCUGCUGUGCUGCUGGUGCAUCAAGGAACUUCUGGACUAGCCCCCCACCCCAUCGUGUGCUGUGCUGCAGUGUGCUUGUCCUCCCGGCCCUCCUACCCCUCCGCAGGGCUGGACCCACUGGCUGCGCUCUCUGGUCGCCUGACCCCCUGCUGCUGCGUGGCCUGGAACGGACGGAGCUCCCACCAGAGGGACCCUUUGGGACGCCCUGAGCCUGUAGGAGUUGGAAUCUCGGCUCUCCAGCCCUGACGGGACAGGAAUGGGACUCGACGGUGGGUGCCUGGCCCCUGGCCCAGCGCUCCCCAAUAAACCUGGG